AUGAAUAAACUACGUGUUCAACCCAUUGUGGCCUUAGUUGGUGAUGACGUCAUCCUGCCUUGCACCCUGAGACACACCGUCAGUGCUGUGUAUCAGUCAAUAGAGUGGCAGAGACCGGACCUAAAACCAAAAGAGGUCCAUCUUUACAGAGAUGAGAAGGACGAUCUUGUGCUCCAGAAUCCAGUCUUCAGGGGAAGGACGUCACUGUUUAAAGAAGAACUAGAGAACGGCAACACUAGUUUAAAGUUGACCAGAGUGAAACUCUCUGAUGCUGGUAACUACACCUGUUACAUUCCACUGCUGAACCACCAGAAAACCAUCAUUCAACUCCUUGUUGGUGCUGUGUCCAGACCAGUUAUCAUCAUUGAGGGAAUGGAAGGCGAUGAGGUGGUCCUGCGGUGUGAGGCUGAAGGCUGCUACCCAGAGCCUGUCAUGGAGUGGUGUGACGCUCAGGGACGUGUCCUCCCUGCUGCUGGACCUACAGAGACGUCCAGAGACCGUGAAGGCUGCUACACUGUGACAAGCCAUGUCAUCGUCCCGAAGUCUGACAACAACACCUUCACCUGUCGCGUUCAACAGUUGGAGAUCAAACACAUGAAGGAGAGACGGGUUCAUGUUCCAGAUCAAAUGUUUCCUAAGACCUGCUGGCUGACAGUUCUUUGAGCAGUUCUUGUCACAGUUCUUGUUGAAGCUGUAGCUGGAGGUCUCUACCUGUUGAUGAAAAAAUGGAUAUUGACCUUCAGAAAGGAACCGUGGACGUCAUUAAUGAAGAACAAGGAGACAACGAAGAAUGAGGAAGAUGAGGCCUGUGAAUCCCAGUCUGUCAUUGGUUUAGAUGAUGUGAAAUGAUCUAUGAUUAUAGUAUUAUGUGCCAUUUAACAGACAUGUUUGGAUGGUCCCAGGAAUCAAACCCACUAUCCUGGAGUUACAAGGACCUUAACUAUGACUACAUAGGAAUAUGCAUAUAUUUUUGAGUAAAUUUAGGAGACUCUCUUAUCCAGAGCAACUUACAGGAACAAUUAGGGUUAAGUGCCUUGCUCAAGGGUACAUUGGCAGACUUUUCAUCUUGUCAUCUCAGGGAUUUGAACCAGCGACAUUGGUUACUGGCCCCACGCUCUUAACCACUAGUCUCCAUAUAUGGCACUGUGUCAGAAGCAUUAGUUAUUUAUAUGAGACAUCUUUGGUGUAGUUUAUGUAGUCUGUAAUAGGUGCUGAUUUAUUUGACAGGGACAGUGCAUAUAGUGAAAGGACCAGCUAUUGCAUACAGAAGCAAUCAUUGCCUGGCUGAGUUGGUGAGAGACUUCUGUAUUGUCGGGGUCGCGGCAGAGGUCACACGUAGGGAGUUGCAGAAGGGACAGUCUUAUCAGGCUCUUCUCAGGUACUAAGAUUUGUCUCUGGGGUCAUAAUGACCUUUAACUGUGCCAGUAAUCUGGAGGCUGAGUUGGUGAGAGACUUCUGUGAUGCCGGGGUCGCGGCAGAGGUCACACGUAGGGAGUUGCAGGAGGGACAGUUGGUGAGGGUGUUUCUCAAUCUUGCUCCUGGAGACCUAAAGGUUCGUUUUGUUUUGGGAAUCAAUGGAAUGGUAUCAUACACACAUGGAAACCACAUGUUUGACUCCGUUCCAGUGAUUCCGUUCCAGCCAUUACAAUGAGCCUGUCCUCCUAUAUCUCCUCCCACCAGCGCCCACUGACUGGG